CUUCUGAGCAGGUUCUAAAGAAGAUUAAAGAUCAUUAAAGCUUAUAAGAGGCCCAUGGACAUAGACCUUCACACUGCAUAAAGUUGAAGGGAGAAGGUAGAACCAGAGGAACACCAACCCAGAGAUCUGAGCCUUCUCCCAGACAGCAGAGAGCUGUGAGGAGAACAUCCCAUGGAUUCAGUCAUGACGUGGCCAUCCAAGGUCUGGAAGGGCUUUUCAUUUUUCAUAAACAUGAUAAACUCCUUCAUCAGUCCAUCGUCUGAAUCCAUCACUGCUAGUGAGUCCUCCUAUACCAACCAGAUCCUUUACUCUCAAGAAGUCAAUGAGAAAAUUGGUCAGGCGGUGAAAGAGGGGAACCUGUGGAAUGUGAUCUGUGUGGUCAGAAAUAUAAUAAUACAGAAUAAGUCUAGAAACCCAGUAAGAAUUGCUGUGACUGGAGACUCGGGAAGUGGCAUGUCAUCCUUCAUCAAUGCUCUUAGGUUCAUUGGACAUGAGGAGGAGGAUUCAGCUCCCACUGGGGUGGUGAGGACCACCCAGGAACCAGCCUCUUAGUUCUCUUGUGAGUUUCCCAAUAUGGAGCUGUGGGACCUGCCUGGCACAGGGGUCACAUCCCAGAGCAUGGAGAACUACCUGCAUGAGAUGGGGUUCGACAAUUACGACCUUAUCAUCAUCAUCGCUUCUGAGCAGUUCAGUUCGAAUCAUGUGAAGCUGGCCAAAGCCAUGCAGAGGAUGAGAAGGAGGUUCUAUGUCGUCUGGACAAAGCUGGACAGGGACCUCAGCUCAAGUCCCCUCUCAGAACCCCAGCUACUGCAGAGCAUCCAAAAGAAUAUUUGGGAGAACCUCCAGAAGGAGGGGAUGAAGGAGCCCCCCAUAUUCCUGGUAUCCAACUUUGAGCCUUCAUCACACGACUUCCCAAAGCUUAGAGACACACUGAAAAAAGACAUCUCCAACAUCAGGUACACAGAUUCCUUAGAGACCCUUUCUGGCAUCUGUGACAAGAGCAUCGACUACAAGGCCUUCUCUCUGAAGGAAGCUAUGCAAACAGAACACCUGCCCAUGACUGUGAGCCGCAUGUGUGGUACUGCUGACCUCCAGGAGAGUUUUAAAACCCACCAGGAGUCCUUUGGUGUGGAUGAUGGGUCACUUUGGCAGUUGGCUCAAAGGACAGGGACACUGGAGAUGGGCUACAGGGCCAUGCAGUUUCAGGACUUGCACAAGAUGAGUUGGAGGCUGAAAUUCUUGAUGUGUUUUCCCGUGGGCAUGUUCCUCAACUUUCUUGCACACCGGUGCUGGUUUGGCUUGUGGAACUUUGUCAUCCGUAAAUGCAGACACAAGAGACAGAGGCUCAUCAUUGAAGUAGUUGCUCAGGACACCAAGACCUUCUUGAGGAGAGUCCUGAAGGAAAAUACCUUCCCUACUGAAGUCCUUUGAGGAGGGUCUGGCUUACCCUCAAGUGAAAUUCAGGCUGCCUCAGGGUCUUCUUUUUCCUUAAGGUCCUAGCCAUCCGCUAGAAAUCAAGAACUAUAGCAGCUCGUUGAAAGAAGACUUAGAAUUGUUGGUGAAGUUAAGAAAUCGCUCAUCUUCCCACACUCAACUGUAAUACCCUGUUCCUUCAAAGAACAAGUAUCUGCCAAGAUAAUCAGCCAUGUUUUCCCAGCCCAGCACAUAGCUUUGAUGCUUUCAGUUUUCAUUUCAUGAGUGUUUAAAUCAAAUGGUCCCCCCCACUAAACCAUUAAAGUUGCCUUCAUUAAUA